GCUGAAGUGUCGCUUCAGCAUGGAGGCUUCUAGAUAAACAAGUCAAACUCUGCUAAACCAACGUUUAUAAAGUUUUACUCUGAGCUGCUUUAUUAUUUGGGGUGGAUUUUAUCCCGAAAGAUUAUUCAGAGAUAAAACAGCCUGAUUGUUAGUUUGUAAAACCAUGCCGUCUGCGUGUGACACUCUUGUCGAUGAUAUUGAGGACAUGGUGUCCUCCAGCCAGCCGGCUUCUCUUCAGCGCUCCUCAAGCAGACAGUCUGUCAUUCCCCGAGUAAGAAAACGGAAAGAUCUCACAGCUAACGAGGAACUGCAGGCUGACAGUGUGAUCCCGGGCACUCAGAAAGUGUGGAUGAGGACGUGGGGCUGCUCACAUAACAGCUCAGAUGGGGAGUACAUGGCAGGGCAACUGGCUGCAAGUGGCUACAAGAUGACUGACGACCCAUCUGAAGCAGAUGUUUGGCUGCUGAACAGCUGCACGGUAAAAAACCCAGCAGAAGAUCACUUCAGGAACAACAUCAAGAAAGCUCAGGAGCAGAAUAAGAAGGUGGUGGUAGCAGGAUGUGUUCCUCAGGCUCAGCCCAGGAUGGAUUACCUCAAGGGCCUGAGCAUCAUCGGGGUGCAGCAGAUCGAUCGUGUGGUGGAGGUGGUGGACGAAGCGGUGAAAGGUCACUCUGUACGUCUGCUGGGUCCAAAGAAAGAUAAUGGCAAGCGGCUUGGUGGCGCUCGAUUGGAUUUGCCGAAGAUUAGGAAGAACCCGCUGAUUGAAAUCAUUUCCAUCAAUACAGGAUGUUUGAACGCUUGCACCUACUGCAAAACCAAGCAUGCUCGAGGCGACCUGGCCAGUUACCCCAUCGAGGAACUGGUGGAACGAGCCAGACAGUCCUUCCAGGAGGGAGUGUGUGAGAUCUGGCUGACGAGCGAGGACACAGGAGCUUACGGGCGGGACAUCGGCACGGAUCUGCCCACACUGCUGUGGGAGCUGGUGAAGGAGAUCCCUGAGGGUUGUAUGCUCCGCCUGGGCAUGACCAACCCACCCUACAUCCUCGAGCACCUGGAGGAAAUGGCUAAGAUUCUGUGCCACCCACGAGUGUAUGCCUUCCUGCACGUCCCGGUCCAGUCAGCGUCAGACAGCGUGUUGAUGGACAUGAAGAGAGAGUACUGCUGUGACGACUUCACACACGUCGUCGACUUCCUGAAGGACAGGGUUCCUGGCAUCACCAUCGCCACUGACAUUAUCUGUGGCUUUCCGGGUGAAACGGACGAGGACUUUCAGCAGACGAUGGAGCUUGUGAGAAAGUACCGAUUCCCAAGCCUCUUCAUCAACCAGUUCUACCCACGUCCUGGAACUCCGGCGGCCAAGAUGGAGCAGGUCCCGGCACAUGUGAAAAAACAAAGAACCAAGGAGCUGUCUGCGUUGUUCCACUCAUACAACCCUUAUGACCAUAAGGUGGGACAGAGGCAGAGUGUGUUAGUCACCGAGGAGUCCUUCGACACUCAGUACUACGUCGCACACAACAGAUUCUACGAACAGGUUCUGGUUCCCAAAAAGCUGGAGUUUAAAGGGAAGAUGAUUAAAGUAGACAUCUUUGAGGCAGGGAAACACUUCCUGCGAGGUCGUCCAGUGGAGGAGUCCACGGUCAUCACGCCAUCCAUCAGCCGGCCGCUGGAGAAAGGAGAGAUAUCCGGCCUCGGUCAGCGUCUGAAAGCUGCGAGUCGGAGCAGCAUCCCUGCGUCCCUGAUGCCCUCAGCAGCUCUGACUGGCUGCUGGAGGAACCUGGAUGGUCAAAGUGUCACGCUGCUCUCAGUAGGACUGGCUCUGCUGGCUGCUCUAGUGCUUUUCAUCUUUGAGAAACUUCACUGAAACGCAGCCUGGCGUAUUUUGCGUAGCGAGCGCGUGAACGACUCGGUCUGCCAAACACCGCGUGUCUGCUGAGCGUCUGAGAGUCGAGUUCAAACCGUGGCCAUGUGCUUCAUGAGCUUUUGAGCGUGCUGAAAUAACAGAGGACGAACCAAAGGAUUUUAGUGUGUAUUGUUAAGUUCUCCUUUGACACAGAAAGGAUUCUGAACCUUUUUCAACUCCAUUCAAUUAGCAGAAGCUUUUUUUUUCUUCUUCGUAGAAGGCACACAUUUUAGAAAUGAAGCUACAAGGACAUCCUGAAAACACCAUUCAUGUCUGUUUUGGUUUUUAUUUUAUUUAUUUUCUUUUGCUUUUAAAGUCAACGUGUAUUUUUAUUUUAAUUUUUUUUCCUCUUCAUCUGAAGUGUUUUUUUUUUUUGUCUCCAUCAACCUUAUUAAACCAAACUCCACACUCUC